UGUAGCUACGUGCGUAACACGUUCGAGUUCGACUCGUGAUUUUCUGCGCCGGUUUCAAUUCCAAAUUCGCUCCCCCUUCCCCCGCAUGCCGCGGUUUUUCCGAGCUGUUAAUAGUACUGAUUAAGUAGGAGGAAAGCUUAAGUCCGUUGCGAAUCGCUUGGAAAAAAGAAGAAAUUCGAAUUUGGUAUAGUGCAAUAUAUUUUCACUCUGAAGACUUAUGUGUCAUAUACCUUAACCUCAACUGGAUAGGUUGAAGGCUUGUUAAUUCGCCGUCCGGUGAAAACCAACGCGAUAAAUUAUUCUAACGAUUAAUAUUUCAGUUCACGAGACAAAACGACCCUUUUUUCUUGUCAAAUCUUAAUUUUUACACAAAAACGCAUCUAUUUAGUAUAUUUUUAUCAAGAUUUGAAGUGAACAGUGUAUUCUUAACAUUUACUCCGGAACGCUUCUUCGGCUGAACUUGAUCUUUCAUACGGAGUGCAAAGAACAGAAGUGUUUACGCGGAAACGAACAUCAUAAUGCCAGUGAAAAAGACACUUGAUGAUAUGUAAUGAUAAAUAGACUAGAGUAUCGCGGCAACGCUGAUUCCGAUUGUCUUUGAAAGUCCCGUCAAUAGUUGCCUCUUCUACUAUCGCACAAAGUUUUGCGAGGAAGUAGAAGAAAAAUUGUGAUAUCAAUUUUGACUUUAAACAAUGAAAAUCGAAAAGAAAAAAUCUAGAAAUUUGCCAAGCAUGCCUCCAAAAUCGAAGGACACGGAGAUCCUGUGGUCUGAUAUAGCCGGUCGUAUUUUAGUAAAUGCAAUCUCCUAUCCUAUCGAAUAUGCCAAGGUUAUGAUUCAGAUUGGAUAUGAGCCUAUUCCUCCUAAACCAACUGUAACAAUGUUUGGAAAGCCAGCAUUGAAACUACCUAAUGCUUUUACAUAUAUUAAACACAUAAAGAGCAUAGAUGGCUUUACAGGCUGCUACAGAGGCUUAGUACCUAAGGUGUGUUCCUAUACAGUCAGUACAAUAGCGUGCGACAAAACUUUAGAGUAUUUACAGUUGAACUCAGUGGAACAAAAUGAGGAUGAAGACGAUGGGGAUGAAAGAGUGAGACGUAAAAGGUGUAUGAAUGAGAUCAUUAGGGAUGUGAUCAGUAGAACAGUUGCGAUCAUAGUUAGUCAUCCUUUGGAAGUCAUUUCAUUAAGAAUGAUGGCACAAUUUGUGGGUGGAGAGACAAAAUAUAGAAACGAACAUCAUAAUGCCAAAAAGAAAAAAUCUAGAAAUUUGCCAAGCAUGCCUCCAAAAUCGAAGGACACGGAGAUCCUGUGGUCUGAUAUAGCCGGUCGUAUUUUAGUAAAUGCAAUCUCCUAUCCUAUCGAAUAUGCCAAGGUUAUGAUUCAGAUUGGAUAUGAGCCUAUUCCUCCUAAACCAACUGUAACAAUGUUUGGAAAGCCAGCAUUGAAACUACCUAAUGCUUUUACAUAUAUUAAACACAUAAAGAGCAUAGAUGGCUUUACAGGCUGCUACAGAGGCUUAGUACCUAAGGUGUGUUCCUAUACAGUCAGUACAAUAGCGUGCGACAAAACUUUAGAGUAUUUACAGUUGAACUCAGUGGAACAAAAUGAGGAUGAAGACGAUGGGGAUGAAAGAGUGAGACGUAAAAGGUGUAUGAAUGAGAUCAUUAGGGAUGUGAUCAGUAGAACAGUUGCGAUCAUAGUUAGUCAUCCUUUGGAAGUCAUUUCAUUAAGAAUGAUGGCACAAUUUGUGGGUGGAGAGACAAAAUAUAGUAGUCUAUUUGGUUCGUUCCUGGAGAUUUACAAGGAGAAUGGGAUCCUAGGAUAUUACGCAGGAUUGAUACCGCGUGUAAUAGGAAGCGCUGCAGUUAUUAUUCUAACUGGUAUUUCCACAUAUGCUAUAAAUAAUUACGUUAUACAGGAGCCAGCGAUGAAGCCAUACACUGCAUCAACCAUGAAAUUUGUAGCUACGACCGUUAUGUAUCCAUUCUUAGUGGUAUCGCAUUGUAUGGCAAUAAACGACUGUGGAUUGGUAGCUGGUCUUCCACCACACAUGCCGAUCUACAAGAAUUGGCUACAUUGUUGGACCCAUCUAUCGACUCAUAAUCAGCUGAAAAGAGGCAGCAGUCUGUUAUGGCGUUAUUAUACUGGACCGCAAAUGCUGCAGAAUGGCAAACUGAUACCAAUUAUGGGCAAUAACUUUUACCAGCCUAGUUCGUAAUAAGUGUCUUAAAGUAAGCUAGCUCAAUCUGUUUGAAAGCCAAAUGAGUUUGUUAUAAACCAAAUAAGUGUCAACCAAUCGUGUUCACUUGACGAUUUAUUUAUAGUGUAUAAAUACAGCCGUAAAGGAAAAGGAAAGAGAGAAAGUUUCAACGAAUUUAUAUAAGAAGGUCGUAUAAGAAUUUGCGUGCACUGAACAUUCUUGUAAGAUCAAAUCAUUAUUCAAUAGAAAAUAAUAGAGAAAAGACAAAUUCAGUUCGGAUCAAUUGAGAUGAUUGUAAUUGAAAGACAAUUGUAAUUAAGAACCGUUGCAACAUUUUGUGUGUAAUGAGAAAGUCUACAUUCCUCAUCAUUAUAAACAAAAUUUUCAAUAUGCAUUUUAAUAACUGCGAGAUUAAUAAAUGUUUCUUAAA